GGUGCCGAAAUAUUGGGAAAAAUAGUUUUCCUUAAGAUAAAAAAACUUCGAAAACUAUGGGAUACGCCUCACGUUGUAAAAUUUUCGAGCCAGUAAACGGUCAAAAAGAAGCUCGGAACACUUGACACGUGAAGACUUGUUAAAAUAUGGACUUCAUACAGGUAAGAUCUUCAGUCAAAAUCAAGUUUAUAUCAAUUUAUGAGCACAGUUGACCAAAUAAUGCAGAAAUAGUGUUAUCAUUUUCAGGAUAAUCCACUAAAUCCUUCCUUUUUUAUUUAAACUCGCACCACAAUUGCGUAGAAGGUAUUUUUGGUCGUAAAUCUGCAACAAUAUUGAAAAUAAAGUAACGCCAUCUGCGCUGAGCUUUGCGUAUAAUAUUGGUCUGUCACAAUGUCAGACUCAGUCAUGUUCUCAUUAUUUCACAAAAGACUUGGCUGUAUAAGAGUUUGCUUGGCUUGGCCUAGUACCCUUUGCCUCCUCAAUGAUGAAACGAGGGAAAAACAUUGGGGAAAGAGGGAAAUUAAAAAAUAAAUAAUCAGUCAUGCCCUCGUCAUGUCAUCACGCCAAAUCAUCGUUUUGGCGAACGAUGGAGCCCCGACACUUAAAAAAAAAUGCCAAAACAAAAUACCUAUCAUGCAUGUGUGUAUUGUCAUUGUGUUCCUUAAUUGGUUGUGUUGUAUAAGCAGCAAGCAAGUACCUAGGUACUUGCUGUAAAUAAGCAAUUUCUAUUUGUAACAUUAGUUUUCUCCCCAUUUAUAAUUAUAUUGGCAAAAUUUAUACAAAAUAAUAAUAAUAAUAUCUACUUAUAAUUUUUAUUUACUUUAUCCGUAUGCACUGAUCCGUGUUUCAUAUUAUGUCAUUAUAACAUAUUGUAUUCCAUGUUAUCUAAAACCUUGACGUUGGCAAAAUCAUCGUUUUGGCGAACGAUGGAGCCAUGAAAUUUAAAAAAAAAAGUACCUAGUAGCAACUAGCAACAAACUAUUGCAAGGUUUGUUUACAAAAUAAACUGAUUGAAGAUAUUUCCAACUGCCUACCUAGUGUUUGUGUAGGUUGGUUUCUAUAGAAAUGGAGGAAGAAGAAUACGAUGAUGAAUUACCGCCUAUUUCUGUUAAUUCCUCUAAGCAGGAUGAGGCGUUGUUUUCAAUGCCGUCGGCAGAGGUGGUGGCGUCGCAGCGCGCGCGCGCGGAGGAGUGCGAGCGCGAGCUGCAGCGUCUGCGCGAGCUCCACGAGCGACAAGAUUCCGCGCUCCACGCCGGUACGGGCACUCCCGCCACAAACAUAGCGCCAAUAGCAGCGUCGCGCUCCAACUCCAGCGGGUCCGAGGGAGAGACCGCACUGGUGUCCGCUGUUGAGGCUCUGCGCGUGAGCGGCGCAGCUCCGGCGCCGGCGCCGGCGCCGGCGGCGGUGGCCGUGUCGCGCUUGUCGCCGCGCGCCGGCGCGCUGUGCCGCGCCUACUGCGCCGCGCUGGCCGCCGUCUCCGGCGCCGCCGCGGACGUGCUCACUGAUGAAAUUAUAACCGGCAUCUGGUCGUGGUUGAGCGGCCUCGACCCGGAGAGCCCGGGGCUGGAGCUCGAGGAAGACGGCGCCCGCUCACUCGGCGACGACGAGGUGCUGAGCGUGGGCGCGUGGCUGUGCGCGCUGCUGGCGGAGCCCGCGCGCGCAGUGCACGCGCGCGCAGUGCACGCGCGCGCAGUGCACGCGCGCGCAGUGCACGCGCGCGCGCGACGCGCUCUGCACGCGCUGCUCGCCGCCGCCAGCGACCGACAGGUGUGGUCGCUGUGGCGCGCGCUGCUGCCGGCGCUGGAGCCGCGCGCGCUGCCGGCGCUGGCGCAGGCGCUGGCCGGCCAGUGCGAGGUGAUGACGGCCGCGCUACACCGCGCCGCCCUCACCCGCCUGCUGCAGCCGCGCGAACACGAUGAACAGGAGAUAUGCGUUCGGGCGCUGUCGACGCUGGAGAUAUGUUCGCUGGUGUCGCGCGGCUGGCGGCAGGUGGCGGCGACCGAGCGCGACGCGGCGCUGCAGCUGCUGGGCCGCGCGCUGCUGGCGGCGCGCGAGCGCGAGCGCCAGCACCGCGACCACGCGGACGAGCUCGCGGACACACUCGCGGUGCUGGCGCGCCCGCGCAUCGCCGACCGCGGCGACAGCCAACACGCCGACCAUCUCAAGAUUUCAAUGCUUUCCAGGUUGCGGUGGCGGCGUCCAAACUGAAGAUCUUGCUGUCCGACAGUAACUGAUUAGUGUUACACUGCUGCUAUGACUGUGAUAAUUAUGUUACACAUAAAGUUUAAGAAUAAACGAUUUUCUAAUAAACCGAU